AUGGCUAAGCGUUCCAGAGCCCCAAUUGCUUGCGAUAGGUGUCGAAGCAUGAAGGUCAAGUGUACGGGAGAGAUUCCUUGUGCUAGAUGCAAAAAGUUCAACAUUGCGUGCUCGUUUGCAGCCGAUGAACCGAAUUCUACAAUGGCACUACCCAAAAGAUUGGCAACUUCAAAACAGGAUACUAUCGUUCCUGAAGAGAAAAACACUUCUCUAAACGAAUACUUUUACCACAACAGCCAAUGGCGAAUGUACGGCAGAUGUCAGGCUGUUCUUCUACCUGAGCUUUGCAAUACCAGUGCAAAAGAGCAUUUUGAAGGACAAACUGUUCCUUUCAAGGCUCCAAGAAUUCAGUGCUAUGGAUGGAAUAUGUCUGGAGUGCACUAUCUCCAAAGGGAAGAAUUCCCCAAACCACCAGAUCACGACUUUACUGACACUCACGAACACUUGGUCAAGUAUUUCUUCGAGGAGAUAAACCCGCUAUUCAAUGUUCUUUCUCAUGAUUAUCAGACGCUUUUUAUAUCGAGUUUUGAUCGCUUUCUGCUGCCCAAAGGUCACACAGCGACGCAGAAGAAUAUUGCAAAUUUACACUCGAGUCUCUUGUACUUGGUGCUUGCCAUAUCGUUGAGAUUCACCGAAUUUCAAAAAUCAGACGGACCCCAAUUGGAAGCUUUGCGCUUGGAAACCGAAUGCUUCUCUUAUGCUCAUCAAGUCUUGCAGAUGAUAAGCUUUGAGUAUUUUGCUCUUGAAGCACUUCAAAGUUGGCUACUUGUGGUGUUAUACUUGCGGAUCACUUACAGCCAAAGGUCGCUCUUGCAUGCCCUAGACAGAGCUAAUUGCAUGGCACGAAACAUGGAGCUUCAUACGGUUCGUGCAACGAGAACUAAGGAACCACCCGUGAGGACAAAAGCACGAAUGGUUUUCUGGAGUCUUUAUUCCAUGGACCAAAUCUUUUCCAUUCAAAUUGGCCGACCUCCUUUUUGGAGAAACGACGAUAUCACGCUUCCAUUUCUAGAUCAAACUGAAGUUUCAAAGUUUGAUUUGCAGCCGGGAAAUGCAUACUAUGCUAUCCACAAACUUGCAAUUCUAGCUAAUCAAGUCCAAACGGUGAGGUCUAGUUCACUGGAAGAAAUCAGUAUUUUUCUGGUCGGUAAAAGUAUUGAAGAAUUGCACACAUGGCUACAAGAAUCUUUAAGUGGCUUGCUGCCCAUAAUCAAGGCACAAGUGCUAUUGCACUUUCAUGAUAUUCUUUUCUGCUUUCAUAGUCCGGUGCUAUUCAACUAUGUUGGAAAGUCUUAUUAUUGGGAUGGAUACAGCGUGGACAGAAUUCUUGCGGGAAUGGAGGAAGUGGUGGAUAUUUUCGUUAAGCUUCAGGUUAACAAUCUUUUGGUUAGACCUUGGUACCAUAACCUUGCCAUGUUGUUUUGUGCUGGUAGUUUUGCCUUGGCCAUAGUCAAUGGAGGCAAUCAAACAGUACGAGCAACAAAGAUAUUUAGGUCUUCUCUCGAUCUACUUCGUUUUCUAGGGUCGCUAAGAGUUUCUCAAGCACCAGAAAUUGUCCGCUUUCCUAUGGCAAACGAAUGUGUGUGGGCAUUAUCUCAAGGUAUUAACUGCCUCAAAGCUCGCUUCGAAAAAGAAUUAAAUGUUUUUCUGUCUAUUGAUGUUGAAAAACAUAGCGAUGAUGUCAAUAGUCACCGCUUUGGAAACAUAGGAGAAUACUUACAGCCUCGAGAAACUUCAAAUGGCGAGGUUAGUGAUGACAAAAAAGAUAUUGACAAUGGUAAUUCAGCACCCAUAAGUAGCCAAGAACGAGUCCAGGAUAUGUUUCUGAAUAUCACAGGAGCAAGCUGGAUGAAUGAGGAAAUCGGAAUGUUUUUUGAUGAUAUAUUUUCAGCUGACAACUUGGAUAUUAUAUGA